CCACCAUUCUUUCCAGCUCAUUUUGAACUGCCCUUCUCCCUCCCUCAAUCUUCCUCAAAAGCAAUGCAAAAUGCACCACCACAAGUUUCAUAUAUUCCUUUCUUUACCCCGCUCAAAGCAAUAGGGAAGAGAAAAAAGGCAGUCUAGCAAUGGCCAAGCGAGUGUACCAAGUUUGGAAGGGAAAAAAUAUAUUCAUCUUCAAUGGGCGGCUUGUGUUUGGUCCAGAUGCUAGGUCACUGAUUGUUACCUUAUCGCUUAUCAUUGUUCCCAUUGUUAUCUUUUGUACAAAUGUCGCAAGGAACCUCCUCCAUGAAUUGUCAGCAAAUAUUGAAGGCUAUGCAAUUCUAGUGGUGGCAGUUGUUUUGACAAUCUAUGUAUUGGUGCUUCUGUUUCUUACUUCAUCCAGAGACCCAGGUUUUGUUCCCCGUAAUUCACAACCUCCUGAUGAAGAGAUAGGCUAUGACUCUUCAACUUCAAUUGAGGUUGGUGGAAGACAAACUCCAGCUCGACGAUUGCCCCGCACAAGAGAAGUUAUUGUCAAUGGAGUGACUAUAAGGGUGAAGUAUUGUGAGACCUGCAUGCUUUAUCGUCCACCACGUUGCUCACAUUGUACUACAUGUAAUAAUUGUGUGGAGCGAUUUGAUCAUCAUUGCCCUUGGGUGGGCCAAUGCAUUGGAAUGCGCAACUACCGUUACUUCUUUAUGUUUAUUUCCUCCUCAACAGUUCUCUGCAUCUUUGUCAUUGCAAUGUCAGCUUUGAACAUAAAAUUUCUUAUGGAUGAUUAUGGAAGUAUCUGGAAAGCAAUGAAAGAGUCUCCAGUUUCAAUGAUAUUGAUGGCUUAUUGCUUCAUUUUCCUCUGGUUCGUAGGUGGUCUUACCUGCUUCCACUUGUUUCUUAUAGGCAUAAACCAGACCACAUAUGAGAGAUGUCGCUACAGAGGAGUUGAUAGGCCCUACAACCAAGGCUGCUUGAAAAACUUUACAGAAAUAUUCUGCACCAAGAUAAAGCCUUCAAGGAACAACUUCCGCGCUCACGUAAACGAAAAUGAACGGAGGCCUAGCUUUGGCCUAACCUCUGAUGGUGAACUAGCUCAAUUAAGUGACUUGUAUGGGAGCCGAAGAGAGAAAGUAGAAGAUGAUCGAGAAAUUGGUGGCAACCUUCUCAAGAUAUCCCAACGCCCUGAGGUUGAAGAUGUUUAGGAAUCAGUGGAGCAGGUGAUGGUAAAGUCCUUCCAAGCCUGAGUUUGAUUUGAGUAACCUCAUGAUGCAGAUACUCAUGAGUAAACACACCACACACUACAAGUUGGGUUAAGAUCUGGGAUCCAAGAGAUGAACAAAUCUUCCUUACCCAUAUACCCUUAUCCAAAAGGCACAGCAGCACAAAUAGUUCAAGAAUUUGGAAAGAAAGUUAAUUCAAUGUUCAUUAUAGUUGAUUUUUGUUUACAGGGUAUGACACUGAUUGCCAUCUGGAUAUACUUAAUGUACCUUUUAAAGGCCUUUUUUGUACUUUGCUUGAUUUCCACUUCAUCUCCUGAGAAAAGCCUGUUUUGUUGGAAAACAUGUUCUUUUGCCUUACAGCUAUUGAAUCACAGUUUUCUUAUGGUCUUAGGUAGUAUGAACCCGGUUACUUGAUUAUUUUGUAUAAACCAUCACUUCUUAA